CCUAUGUGAUUGAUCGCCGCUCAGCCAGUAGGAGACGGGGCUAGUUGUUUGUGUAUGUGGGCCUAAAAUUUAAUCGCCUAGUCUAGAAGAUUUGCUUGAAAGCGAUUGCAUGUACUUGAGGGAGUAGGGUAGGAAAUGCGUAUGGCCGCUGCGGAAUGAUACAUACUACGAGCCGUAAGAUUCUUAUAGAGAUGAAGACCCUGGAAUAUAUAUGUAAUAACGACAUCCCAGCAAAUGCUAUGGAGCAAAUGGUGGACCAACAGUGACGACAUCUGUGCUGUGCAUAUAAUCUCAACAUGGAUGAGGAUAACUUUCUUGUAUGAGAAGAAAUCCAAAAAGACACAUUGCACGCGGAGAAUUCUUGAGCUCGUGGAUUUUUGCUUUCAAGCUGUCUUUACUCUUGGUGUAAUGAGCGAUUGAUGGACGUAUUUUAAAAACAAAAAAAAUGGCACGGGCAAUUGCAUCGAAAAUGAGUUUCAGCUCACUGAAACGAAAGCAGCCUAAGACUUUCAAUGUCAGAAUAAUUACCAUGGAUGCUGAGAUGGAGUUUAACUGUGAGGUCAACUGGAAAGGGAAGGACCUAUUUGAUCAAGUGUGCCGUACUCUUGGUCUAAGGGAAACCUGGUUUUUUGGACUCCAGUAUACUGUAAAGGAUACUAUCGCAUGGCUUAAGAUGGAUAAGAAGGUCUUGGACCAUGAUGUUCCUAAAGAAGAACCUGUUACCUUCCACUUUCUUGCCAAGUUUUACCCUGAAAAUGUGGAGGAGGAGCUUGUACAGGAGAUAACCCAACAUCUCUUCUUCUUGCAGGUUAAAAAGCAGAUUCUUGAGGAGAAAAUCUAUUGUCCACCUGAAGCCUCUGUGCUGUUGGCCUCUUAUGCUGUACAAGCAAAGUAUGGAGACUAUGAUGCCUCGGUACACAAGCGAGGGUUUUUAGCAGAGGAGGAGCUGCUCCCAAAGAGGGUUAUAAACCUUUAUCAAAUGACUCCUGAGAUGUGGGAAGAGAGGAUUACUGCGUGGUAUGCCGAGCAUAGAGGCCGUACCAGAGAUGAAGCUGAAAUGGAAUACCUAAAAAUUGCACAAGACACUGAGAUGUAUGGAGUGAAUUACUUCCUCAUUCGGAACAAAAAGGGUACUGAGCUUCUUCUGGGGGUGGAUGCGCUUGGGCUCCAUAUCUAUGACCCAGAAAAUAGACUAACACCUAAAACCUCUUUCCCUUGGAAUGAGAUCCGGAACAUCUCCUACAGUGACAAAGAGUUCACCAUUAAGCCAUUGGAUAAGAAGAUUGAUGUGUUCAAGUUUAACUCCUCCAAGUUGCGUGUCAACAAGUUGAUUCUACAACUUUGCAUUGGCAACCAUGACUUAUUCAUGCGCAGAAGGAAAUCUGACUCCCUGGAAGUGCAGCAGAUGAAAGCUCAGGCUCGUGAAGAAAAGGCCAGGAAACAGAUGGAGCGCCAGCGGCUAGCGCGGGAGAAGCAAUUGAGAGAGGAAGCUGAGAGAACGCGUGAUGAGUUGGAGAGGAGGUUGCUACAGAUUAAAGAGGAGGCACAGAUGGCUAAUGAUGCUUUGAUGAGGUCAGAGGAGACUGCCGAUUUGUUAGCGGAGAAGGCUCAGAUCACAGAAGAGGAGGCCAAGCUGCUAGCCCAAAAAGCAGCCGAGGCUGAGCAGGAGAUGCAAAGGAUUAAAGCCACUGCCAUCCGCAGCGAGGAGGAGAAGAGGCUCAUGGAGCAGAAGGUGCUUGAGACCGAGAUGCUUGCCCUUAAGAUGGCAGAGGAGUCAGAACGAAGAGCCAAAGAAGCAGAGCAAUUAAAACAGGAGUUACAAGAAGCUCGAGACUCUGAACGUCGUGCCAAGCAAAAACUUCUGGAGAUUACAAGUAAAACAUCAUCUUACACGCAAGCGGCAGGAUCAAGUAGUACUUCGGUGGCCACUGUCGAUGUGCCAAGCUUCAACAUGCUCAGCGAUAGCAUGCCCUAUGAUUUCAAGGACACAGACAUGAAACGACUGUCAAUGGAAAUUGAAAAGGAAAAGGUGGAAUAUAUGGAGAAGAGCCGCCACCUGCAGGAACAGCUUAACGAGCUCAAGACAGAAAUAGAGUCUCUGAAACUCAAGGAGAGAGAGACGGCCAUGGACAUAAUGCAUGAAAAUGCAGGCAGCAAGCAAAACACAAUCAAAAAGGGGAGGAGAGCAGUCUGCAUCUGAGCGUGAAGCAUAGUGUGUGCCAGCUUACACUGCAGAGCACACAGUGCAGGGUGGCUUUCUUUGAAGAAUUGUAAGACAUCACCAGCGUGAUCCAGACAACCGCAGUUUGCCCAAGGACAUACUUACCCUGGACUAGCCUCAUUGACUUAAUGCAACACCGCGAUACAUCAUCAUAACUGUGACGAGGGACAUCCUUCAAUUUAUCCCAACUGCAUUUCCAUAUGAUAAUUUGCACCUGUGUUGUCUCCUUGCUGCAUUUUAAACCAUUCAAUUUUAAAGCACUGCAUUUGCAAGGUCAUUCAAACAUCUUAAAAGUGUCAUUGUUUGUCACUUCUACUUUUUACUUUUUGAAGUGGGUUAUACACAAUAGAACCUUCCCCACUUUGCAACAAAGCAUUCACUUUGACCCAAGGAAAGCCAUUUGUGGUAUUCUGGUUAACUGUUGAGGGCCGCAGGACACAUAAGCCUGUUCUAGCUUGUGUGUGGUCUAGCUCAUCUCCUCCUGGUCCUGCUGCUCAUCUACCAACCUCAAUCACUAACUUCUACAUCUGUGAUAUCACACGACAGGAGGGCACUUCAUGAGGAGGGAGGAGGCAGUUGUUUGAAGAGGCGAUGCUGCCAUGACCUAAUUCAGUUUGUGCUGAUGGAUUUUAAAAAUAAAA